UUAUUGAAUUUCAAUUACAAUUGAUUAUCAUCAUGGAAGAAUUGAAAUUUCAUUUGAAGAAAAAUGAUACUUAUGAACCUUGGGGUUUUGGUAUAGUUGGUGGUGCAGAUUUUAGUUUUCCCGUCAAAAUUGUUAAGCUUAAGAUCAAUGGUGAAGCCGCAAAAUGUGGAUUACGAGCUAAUGAUGUGAUUACCAAAGUUAAUGAAGAAUCAAUAAAUGACUUGAAAUCUAAAGAAGUUACUAACAAAAUAUUGGAUUCUGGUAAUGUUUUAGAAUUAACUGUUCGAAGAUUUCCUGAAUUAAAAUUUUAAAAUUCUUUUCUAUGUUAUACACUUGUUC